AUGUUGGAAAUAAAGGAAGUGGAGGAGAAACACCUUCGGAAAAGAGCUCAAAAUACAGGCGCCAAAGCUUUCACCUGCUUUGAGUGUGGCAAGAGUUUCGCAUGCAAAGAUGGCCUGAAAAGACACUCAAAUAUUCAUACGGCAGAAAAGCCUUUCACUUGCCAACAGUGUGGAGUGAGUUUCACUCGUAAAGAAAGUGUGAAAUAUCACAUGAGUAUUCACACUGGAAAGAAGCCUUUCACAUGUCUCCAGUGUGGCAAGAGUUUUCCACAUGAAGUAAACCUAAGAAGGCAAAUGAAGAUUCAUUCAGGAGAGAAAUCGCACCUCUGUUCUCUGUGUGGCAAGAGUUUCACGUGCAAAAGAGGCUUGAAAAGGCACUCAAGCAUUCACACUGGAGAGAAGCCUUUCAUAUGCUUCAUUGUUACAAGAGUUUCCCACAUGAAGUAA